UUUCAUGAUGGCGGCUUGUAAAGGAAAAUGUAGAGUGCUUCAAGAUACAAAAGGUAACCCCUCCUGCGCCCAGCUUCGCGUCUGAGGAGGAAUAUGCCUUCGAGAUUACAACAGCAGGAAAUGAUUUCGUAGCAGCUCGCACCUGGCCCGUCACCCAGCGGUGAUUUCCGUGGCGACUCGGGCGCUUCCGCCAGCGCCUAGUCGCGUGCUGGACGUUCUAAGCCUAUUACUGGUUUGUGUGCCUGGGCCGCCGUUUUUCUUCUCUUCGUCGCAACCGAGCACCACGUAUCUCGCCCUCAUGCGCGCUGACAUUUUCGGCCAGCGACUGUGCAACGUUUCGCCGCGCUGCCACGGCUCGUCCCUCACCGGCUGAUGCCUUGCGCUUCCCCUAUGUUAGAGGCCGAGCGUCCUAGUUCCGCAGCAAGGAGGUUGUGCAUUACGGAGGACUUCCAUGGACAGCCGUGGGAUAAGGGGCCAUGAUGCGGGCUCUCCUUACAAGCGGGCUGGGCCCCUGAGUCCCCCCUUGGCUGGCACACGGGGCUACCCUUACCCACAGGACCCGACCCGCACACACUUCUCGCCCCUGCUCAACUCGACCCAGCAGAGCUACCGCGAUGCCUUCCAGCUGCAGGCAGAGCGGCAACACCAGCAGCAGCAACAGCAGCAGCAGCAACAACAGCAACAGCAGCAUCAUCAACACCAGCAGCAGCAGCAGCAGCAACAACAACAGCACCAACAGCAGCAGCAACAACAACAGGAGUUCCUUUUGGAACGUUACCGAGAAUCCGAGCCACAGCAUGUGCGGCGGAGACCCUCUCUGCUGCCAACGCCUGCGGAGUAUGCCGCCAACCAGGAGCGCGCUGAGCGGGAACGGUACUUGGAGGCGUACCGGUUCCCCCAUUAUGAACAGCGUGACAUGGGCGGGGGUCUGGUGGGCCUGGUGGGAGGUCCGCCCGGGGGCUCGGCGGCGGCCGCAGUGGCGGGGGCGGCGGGCGGCCUCGUCGAGCCGCUCGAGGUGGUGCACCUGAACAAGAGGCCCCGGUUGGCCCUGCAGCAGCCCUUGCUCAUCGACACCUCCUCGCCGCACCAUCACCACCCGUCGUCGUCGUCCUCCCACCUCUCGUCGCAGCACCACCUGAUGGGUGGCGUGGAGGUGAAGAAGGAGCCCGCCGCGUACGUGCCCCAGACCGAGGCCAUCUCUCCCACUCUGCCCGGGGAGGAUGGCCGGCCCCCGCUGUCGCCCCAGGGCAGAUCCUCCAAGGACGACCUGCUCAGUGCCAUCAACAGGAUAGACCGGGAGAUUGCGCAGGUCGAGUCGCAGACUAACAAGCUCAGGAAAAAGCAGCAAGAGCUCGAAGCCAACAACCCUGCCGACAGUAAAAAGGACACGCAGGAGACAGCACCCAUUGAACCCAAGCAGCUGAGCGUUGCUCAGGUCGUCUACUCGGAAAAUAGGAAAAAAGCACAACUUGCCCAUGGCGCUCUCGAUAAUCUAGGCCCGAAAGUGGAUUUGCCAAUGUACAAUCAACCUUCAGACACUGCCAUAUACCACGAAAACAAGAAAAAAUUCCACGAAUUUAGGAAAAGUUUGAUGAUAUAUUUUAAAAGAAGAGCGCAAGAACGAGAAGCAAGGGAAAAAUACUUAACAGAUACUUAUAAUCAGCUCAUGCAGGCAUGGCUGAAAAAAAUGGACAAGAGGGAAAACAACGCUGCACGAAAAGCCAAGGACCAGAAGCAGCGCGAAUUCUUUGAGAAGCAGUUCCCCGAGCUGAAGAAGCAGCGGGAGGACCGGGAGCGUUUCUCGCGGGCAGGCCAGCGGGUGCGCAGUGAAGCCGAAUUGGAGGAGAUCAUGGACGGGCUUCAGGAGCAGGAGAACGAGGAUCGCAAGAUGCGGAGCUACGCAGUGGUGCCACCGAUCCUGGUGGACGUGCGAUCGCGGCGUCCACGCUACCUGAACCGCAACAGCCUGGUGGAGGACCUGUCAGCUGAGUACAAGGACCGCCAGUUGAACAACAUCUGGACUGAGCAGGAGAAGGAGAUCUUCCGCGAGAAGUACCUCCAGCACCCCAAGAACUUCGGCGUCAUCGCCUCCCACCUGGAGAGGAAGAGUGUAGCAGACUGCGUCCAGUAUUACUACCUGACCAAGAAGAGUGAGAACUACAAGCAGCUGCUGCGGAAGCACAACGUCAAGAAACGCACAAGAGCCAUGGUGAAGGCCCCCGUUCCACCUGCUUCUCAGCCCCAGCCGGUGACGAGCUCAUUGCCCGUGCGCAACCCUCUGCCAUCGAGCAGUGGUGGCAGCACAAGCACCACCACCGCCACCACUACGACCACAACGACCGCUGCCAGUUCUGCGACCGCCACCAGCACGACUAGCGCAACGACGACCACGGUUACGGCGACGUCUACCACCACAAUGGCCACUGCGGCAACAACCACCACCAGCACCGCUGUCCCUGCUACCACCACCACCACCACGACAGUGGCCGCCACCGCUUCCACGACGGAAAGCAGCGGUGGUGGCAGUGGCCGAAGUGAAGACAAGGCUGCGCCCACGUUGGCGGCAGCGUCGCGGGGCGGGUCUCCGUGCCAGGCCUCCACGGCCACGCCACCUCCGUCGCAGCAGCCUCAGGCCAACGGUCCCAUUGGUGAGGAAGCCAGCAAGCCACCAUGCAUUGUGGAUACCAUUAAUGGUUUGAAGACUCCUAUGUUGGAGAAAGUUCCCGAAGCCAGUACAGCCACUCCAAUGGAGAAUAAAGCAGCGGGAGGAGGAGGAGGAGGGGAGACAGGACUGCCAUGCAUGGUGUGCCGCUCCCGCCUGGAGAAGAGUGGCCAGUGGCGACCCCUAACCAAGGCAAACUGCCACAUGUAUGGUCUCAAGGACACGGACCUGGUGCCAGAUGCCCGCGUUUGCGUCAGCUGUCGGUUCAAAACCGUGCGCCAGCGAUAUGUCCAGUGCCCUAUACCAACGUGCAAAACUCCCAAGCGCAAGAUGAAGAGGUUACGGCCACUCCCUGCGAAGUGGACCGAGUUGGAUAAGGACCUCAAGGAGUCUAUUAGCAAGGAACUACAGAUCCCAGCGGGGAUCCAGAAGUGCUGCUCGGCGUGCUUCAACAGGAUAACAAGAAAGCUGGACCCCCAUCCUCCGUCGGAGGACGGCGGGGACAGCUCCCGGUGGACCGAGGAAGAGAUGGAGAUGGCCAAGCGGGGCCUUCGGGAGUACGGCACGGACUGGCCCGCCGUGGCGUCGGUCGUCCAGAGCAAGUCCAAGGAGCAGUGCCGCAACUUCUACUUCAACUACAAACGCAAGCUGGGGCUCGACGAGAUUGUGCGGACGUUCCGCGAGGCUCAGGGCGGUAAGGAGGACGGCAAGCGGCAAGUGAGUGAUGACGAAGACAGUGGCGAGACGACGACGAGCUGUGAGGAGGACAAUGGGGCAGACCACUGUAGUAGCGACACGGCAAGUGCUUGCAGUCCAUCGGGCAAGCAGAUGGAUGAAGUUUCAGGCUGGGAGUGCGACAAGCCGAUACCUAUACGACCGACGCUAGCCGUGUCAUCGGCACCACCUCACCAUGGCGACGUGACUUCCAAGGGACAGGCGGACCUAAACAACGGCCUCGAGGCGUCCGCCGACUACGACAGCAGUGCGACAGUCAGUGCCGACGAGGGCCAGGGGGCGCCCGAGGCAGAAGGUUCAUCGCGGCACCACCGGAGCAGCGGUCCAGCUGAUGUAAAGGAAGCUAGCCACGAGGGCGCCACCUGCAUGCGCGACCUGAUCUUCCAGGCCAUCGAAAUGACCCUGCAGUACUCGAUGAAGCCUGGCCGCAACGGGCCACCGACCAAGGAAUGCGCCUCAGAAGGGCCUGCACCUCCACCUUCCUCCUCCACGGUGGCUCCAGAACCUGUGCCUCGGUCCUCGUCGUACCACCUGGCUGGCGCUCCCAACAGUCUAGCACACGCAGAGGGCCUCGUGGCGCAGUUUCCCCAUGUCCCCCACGUGGCCGCCCCACCCCCAGUCGUUGCAGUGUCUCGGGAUGACGAGUACGAGGUGCAAGACCUGAGCAAGAAGUCGUCGCGAGAGCCCAGUCCACCCCGGGAACUCCGUCGCGAGAAGCUGCCACCGGCGCCCUUUGCCACGGCCUACUCGGCACAGACCUACAUAGCGGCAGCACAGCCACCACCCGCACACUCAAACCACCUGCGGAGGACGCCCGAUCCCUCGCCUCAAGUGCUCUAUGCGCAGCGAUCGUACGGGCCGCCAGAGCGGCCGCCGCCGCACCUUGUGGCACAGUCGCUUGCACCACGCAGCCUCACAAAGUCUGGCAAGAGUGCCGUUCCCCCACCACCUCCACUGGUUGCGGCCAGCAAGCCGCCACUGUCACCCAAGCUGAUGUUCAAGGAAAGCAAGCCAUCCGGUUCGAUCACCCAGGGCACGCCGCUGAACCAGCCUGCAGUGGGCAGUUUCCCACCAUCCCGCUACGAGGGGCUGCUGCGGCUGACACCGCCACAGGGUAAGGAGCCGUCGUCAGCUGGUUCCAUCACACUGGGCACGCCUGUGCCACAUGACACUGCUGCACCCAAGAAACAGAGGCCAUCCGAAGGUCCCGAGUCGCGUGCCUACGACCCGGCAGAGCAGUACUACAGAGCUGCCGCCGCUGCUGCUGCCCCUGGUGGAUUCCAGGGCCCGUUCCAGCCACCGACUUCUGCCAGCGGAGGCGGUUACUCCUCGUCACCCGGUUUCCGGCCAAAGUACUCGAGCGAAUCUCAGUUGAGCAGCAACCAGAUCAUGAUAGACUUCAACACUUCAAAGCAGAUGCAGAUGCGUCGCGGCUCAUCAGGUGACGCCAGGGCCUCGCCGCAGGCGCGCGACUCAAGCCCUGCACCGGCAUUGCACCCAGUCUACCAGGUGCCAGCAUACUAUGGCACGCAAGGAGCGCCUCCGCCACCCGUGUUCCUGCAGCAUGCACCAUCCGCCACCGUGGAGCGGCCACCACCAGCAGACACGUCGCCUGGUGGCUGGGCCGGCCCCGGCAAGCCUCUGGCACUGCACCAGGCAACGGCCGGUGGAACACCACCUGCAUCUGCAGCCACUUCCCGGCAGAAUGUUAUCCGCAGUGUGCCGUGGAGCACAGGGCCCAAGAGCGUAAUCCAAGCACCCAAGGCCGGCUCGCCACGUGCAGAGCUCGAGAGCCCCAGCGGUCGGCGGGUCCAGUCGCCGCGCGGUGGCGGGCAGCCGUACGCUGUUGUGUCACCCUCAAGCCACGACCCGUUCACAACGCUGGUCAACGCUGCCGCUGCGCAGCCUAGCCUGGCUGUGCCCAAGGAGGACCAGAAACCUCGCGAGAGGCCGGCUGUUGAGGGCCUCGAGAAGUCGCUGCUGGAGAUGCACCAACGACCGCGGCAGUUCAUCGGUGGCGACAUGCCGCCGCCACCGGACUUCCGCGGGGAAGCUGAACGGGCCGCUAUACGUGCCGCAGCUGAGGAGCAACGCUAUCUCGACUCCCGGCGGGGUGUGGAGCCUGCUGACAUCCGGCAGCCGCUGCGACUUGCACGGGAUGCCUUCACGCGGGAGCAGUUCGAGCGCGAGAUGCGCCAGCAGACGCCCAAGGAACACCAGCCCAAGUCGUACCUGAGCCGAACGCAGCAGGCAGAGCUGGACAACGAGGCAUCGCGCAUCUUCUCGCAGUCCUUCCAGAAGGACAGCCCGAAGCCGCAGCCGCAGGGCAUCACGGCUGCAAACCUCAUUGACGCCAUUAUCACGCACCAGAUCAACCAGAGCACGGAACCAAAGCAGAACCCAGCGGGUGCCAUGGACACCAUUCUGUCACGGUAUGGCGAACCCAAGGGGGCGUCGUUGCCACCACGGCUCAAGGCGCUGCCCUCUCGUGAUGAGGUUGUCACUAUUGAGGAUGGGCCGCCCGAGCGAGGCCCGCCCCGCAUGGAGCCCGAGAAGGUCAUCACACUCAACCAGCACAUCGCAGCCAUCAUCUCCAAGAACAUCUGCAACCCAAGUGACAGUGGCAGUGGCCCUUUGUAUGGCCGAAUGCCCGAUGUGGUGCCCUCAGAGCGCAUGUCGCACGGUGGCUACGCGCAGUCAUCCGAGCUAACGACUGCACCCCCACGGACGCCUCCGGAGGGUGCGGACAACGGCCACCCACCGCCGCAGACGUACCACAGCUGGAAGCUGCGCAAGGCGCUGCAGUCGGAGAAGGAGGAGCGCAGCCUCAUCCGAAACCCACAGCAGCAGCAGCAGCAUCAGCAGCAUCAACAGCAUCAGCAGCAGGGCCCAUACGUGGAGCCCAUCUCUCCUCCUGGCCAGCCCUCUCCAGGCCCACCUGAGUGGUCACCAGCCAUGCCACCCAGGUCGUCGGCAGACGGAGUCUCCUACCUGCGGCCUUCUCCCCAGCAUCAGCAACAGCAGCACGUGGGCCUGUCAGCACUCGACUACGUCAAGAACCGCAUUGUCGAGGUGAUGCGAACCACUGACGAACCUCCCACGCACAAGGGUGGCCGUGGCGGCGCCCACGAUCAGCCACCCGAGCGGCCACUCAGCGAGGGUGGCCACCCGGGCCAUCCAAGUCCGUCGACGGGUCCGCCGCGACCGGCGUCUGCCAUCGAGUCUGGCCACCCAGAUUGGCGCGGCGGCAAGUUCCGUCCCAGGUCGGUGUCGCCCUCGGGCCCUCCCGGCCGACCCGCACCGCCGCACCACCACCAGCAGCAGCACCACGAUGACGGGCGGCGUGGCGAGCUCGAGCCCGUGUCGCCGCCACGCGACGGUCGCUUCUACUCUGCACCGCACCCACCGCCCCCGCAGGCAUUCCCAACGACGUAUGCAUACCCGUUCUCGGCGCUGUCGGUGCGGUCCAUGGCCGUGGCUCCCAGCAACCCCGUGGGAAGUGGUGGUAGCGGAGGGCCCUCGUCGCUGGCGACGGCCCCGGUCGCCCCGACCUCUUCAUCUUCCUCCUCGUCGGCUGCUGUGCCGGCUUCUUCUUCCUCUUCGGUGCUGCUAUCGUCCCAGUAUGAACCUUUGUCAGACGAGGACUGACACGUUGUGAACACACGCGAGUGUUGUGCCGCUUGCCUCCACACGGACCGCUCACUGCCUCAUCUUUCUCUCGGUUCUUCUCAGCUCAAGUUUGUUCCGCCACUACGAAGACGACGACGAUUCCCUGCCCGCCGCCCCCGGGGGGGAAGUUGUGUACAAAGGGGGAGAGAGAUAAAAACAAACGAGAAUUUGUAUACUGUUGUGGGCACACAUGCACGCGAGCGCGCGCUGUCAUUUUUUUUCCCUUUUUUUUUCGGGGGAGGCUUCAAGAGACUCUCUCAGACUGUAUCACCCUGUGGGACACAGACGACGUCAGUGGUGUGGUGUGUGCGAGGAGGGGAAAAGAACCUCUCCCGGAGCACACGCGUUCUCUGUACUUUAUUUUUGCCUCGCGCAAGCGUGCUCUCUUGUACAUUGUUUCUUCUGUUCAUUGUCUCUAAACCCCCAGUUUCUCUUUUUUUUUUCUUUCUCCUUGCGUGGGCGAGAAUUGUAAAUAUAGGUUUCGGAGAAUAUGAGCCUCCUCGUGCGCGCACUAAGGCCAUUAUUUUAAGAACCGCGUUCAUUCACAGAACAGUUCCCGAGUGCAGAUGUUUCACGUGCAAAGUGUAAUUGUCUUGUUACCUCUGUUUUAUUAUUAUUUUUUUUUCUGAGAGAGAAAAAAAAAGUACCUUUAUCAUGCGA